UCCGCUUUCCGAUAACAUCUGAAACCGUAACGAGGUACAUCCCUCAUCCAAAUAUCCACGUUUAAGGUGUCCAGAUUCGAGUUUGGUCUGACCUACCCCUCCCCGCGCCGACCCUGGAGGCAUCUUCCGUGUGCUCUUUCUCUUCGAACCCCCAGGGAUAAGCGCCUGGGUGUGCCAGGUCCGCCUCUUCACUGGCGCUGGCCGGGGGCGGGGUGGGUAGGCUGGGACCUGUGUCUGAUUAGCUGGGAGGGGGAAGCAAUGGUCCCAACCGCUGUCUGCUGCGCUCCAGUCCUUCCAGGCUCUUCCAGGAGGAAGAGGCACUAUACAAGAGAGGAGGGCAGGGGUCCCAGUACUGAAUACCCUUGCCGGGGUUUUGACAGCUGCCGCCGUCUCUGAACUCCCACCUCGCGCCGAACCGUGUUCCUGUCAUGGGAACCCCUUCCAGCUCAGGUUUCUAUGUGAGCCGCGCAGUGGCCCUGCUGCUGGCGGGGCUGGUAGCCGCCCUUCUGCUGGCUCUGGUCAUACUCGCCGCCUUUUACGGCCACUGCGCUCGCAUCCCACCGUCGGCGCUGCCUGGAUUCUGGGACUCGGAAGCCGAGUGUUCUCCUCCCCGCAGGCAGAAGUCGACCCCGACCCCGACCCCCGGCGCAGGCGAGCUAGCGGUGACGACCACCCCGAGACAUGAGCGACCCCCGGGGCCCUGGGACCACCUACGCCUGCCGCCCUGGCUCUUGCCGCUGCACUACGACCUGGAGCUGUGGCCGCUCCUGAGGCCCGACAAGCUUCCGGCAAGGUCUUUUCUCUUCUUUGGCCGCGUGAACAUCACGGUGCGCUGCACCGUGGCCACUGUUCGACUGCUGCUGCAUAGCCUCUUCCAGGACUGCGAGGGCGCCGAGGUGCGGGGCCCCCUGUCCCCGGGCACUGGGAACACCACCGUGGGCCGCGUACCAGUGGACAAGGUGUGGUUCGCUCUGGACACCGAAUACAUGGUGCUGGAGCUCGGUGAGCCCCUGCAACCUGGUAGCAGCUACGAGCUGCAGCUCAGCUUCUCGGGAGUGGUGUUUGAAGACCUCAAGGAGGGACUCUUCUUCAGCGAGUACACCGACCAGGGCGAGCGCAGGGUUCUGCUAGCAUCCCAGCUGGAACCAACAUUUGCCAGGUUUGUUUUCCCUUGUUUUGAUGAGCCAGCUCUGAAGGCAACUUUUAAUAUUACAAUUAUUCAUCAUCCAAGUUAUGUGGCCCUUUCCAAUAUGCCAAAGCUAGGUCAGUCUGAAAAAGAAGAUGUGAAUGGAAGCAAAUGGACUGUUACUACCUUUUCCACUACGCCCCACAUGCCAACUUACUUAGUUGCAUUUGUAAUAUGUGACUAUGACCAUGUCAAUAGAACGGAAAGGGGCAAGGAGAUACGCAUCUGGGCCCGCAAAGAUGCCAUUGCAAGUGGAAAUGCAGACUUUGCUUUGAACAUCACAGGCCCCACCUUCUCUUUUCUGGAGGAUUUGUUUAAUAUCAGUUACUCUCUUCCAAAAACAGAUAUAAUUGCCUUGCCUAGUUUUGACAACCAUGCAAUGGAAAACUGGGGACUAAUGGUAUUUGAUGAAUCAGUAUUGUUGCUGGAACCAAAAGAUCUUCUGACAGGAAAAAAGACUCUGAUCGCCAACAUUGUUUCCCACGAGAUUGCACACCAGUGGUUUGGAAACUUGGUUACCAUGAAUUGGUGGAACAAUGUCUGGCUCAAGGAGGGUUUUGCAUCUUAUUUUGAGUAUGAAGUAAUUAACUACUUUAAUCCUAAAUUCCCAAGAAAUGAGGUCUUCUUUUCUAACAUUUUACGUCAUGUCCUCAGAGAAGAUCACACCCUGGUGACUAGAGCUGUGGCCAUGAAGAUGGAAAAUUUCAAAACAAGUGAAAUAGUGGAACUCUUUGACAUGUUUACUUACAGCAAGGGAGCGUCUAUGGCCCGGAUGCUUUCCAGUUUCUUGAAUAAGCAUUUAUUUGUCAGUGCACUCAAGUCAUAUUUGAACACAUUUUCCUACUCAAAUGCUGAGCAAGAUGAUCUAUGGAGGCAUUUUCAAAUGGCCAUAGAUGACCAGAGUACAGUUACUUUGCCAGCAAAAGUAAAAAACAUAAUGGACAGUUGGACACAGCAGAGUGGUUUUCCAGUGAUCACUUUAAAUGUGUCUACUGGCAUCAUGAAACAGGAGCCAUUUUAUCUUGAAAAGGUUAAAAAUCAGACUCUUCUAACCAACAAUGGCACGUGGAUUGUCCCUAUUCUUUGGAUAAAAAAUGGAACUACACAAUCUUCAGUAUGGCUAGAUCAAAGCAGCAAAGUAUUCCCUGAAAUGCAAGUUUCAGAUUCUGACCAUGACUGGGUGAUUUUGAAUUUGAAUAUGACUGGAUAUUAUAGAGUUAAUUAUGAUAAAUUAGGUUGGAAGAAAUUAAGUCAACUACUUGAAAAGGAUCCUAAGGCUAUUCCUAUUAUUCACAGACUGCAGUUGAUUGAUGACGCCUUUUUCUUGUCUAAAAACAAUUAUAUUGAGAUUGAAACAGCACUUGAGUUAACCAAGUACCUUGCUGAAGAAGACGAAAUCAUAGUAUGGCAUACAGUCUUGGUAAACUUGGUAACCAAGGAUCUUGUUUCUGAUGUGAAGAACUCUGAUCUAUAUCCAUUAUUAAAGAAGUACCUAUUAAAGAGACUUUAUUCAAUAUGGAAUAUUUAUGUAACUAUAAUUCGUGAAAAUGUGUUGGUAUUACAAGAUGACUACUUAGCUCUAAUAUCACUGGAAAAACUUUUUGGAACUGUGUGUUGGUUGGGCCUUGAAGACUGUCUUCAGCUGUCAAAAGAACUUUUCGCAAAAUGGGUGGACCAUCCAGAAAAUGAAAUACCUUAUCCAAUUAAAGAAGUGGUUUUAUGUUAUGGCAUUGCCUUGGGAAGUGAUAAAGAGUGGGACAUCUUGUUAAAUAUUUACACUAAUACAACAACGGAAGAAGAAAAGUUGCAACUUAUUUACGCAAUGAGCUGCAGCAAAGACCCAUGGAUACUUAACAGAUAUAUGGAGUAUGCUAUCAGCGCAUCCCCAUUCACUUCUAAUGAAACAAAUAUAAUUGAGGUUGUGGCAGCAUCUGAUGUUGGCUGGUAUGUCGCAAAAGACUUCUUAGUCAACAACUGGCAAGCUGUGAGUGAAAGGUAUGGAACACAAUCAUUGAUUAAUCUAAUAUAUACAAUAGGGAGAGCCAUAACUACAGAUAUACAGAUUGAGGAGCUGCAGCAGUUUUUCAGUAACGUGUUGGAGGAAGACCAGAGGAUCAAAGUUCAUACCAAAUUACAGACAAUAAAGAAUGAAAAUCUGAAAAACAAUAAGCGAAGAGACAGGAUGGCUGAGUGGCUAAGGAGAAACACAUAGGUUGGGACUAUCUUUCAGCACUCCUCUUGCAUAUUAUAAUGGAAUUUGCUCACAGUUUUGCCUUCCAAUACUUUACGAGUCUGGAAAACCACACAUUUUAUUUGUAUUUCAGUCACAUUUAUUAAUCAGAGUGCCGUUCUUCCCAUAUUGUUACAUUUGGCCCCAACGUUAGGUGACUGCUGACAAUUUUGCCAAUGCUGCUGUAUUUCUGGGAAAGAUGUCACUUCAUGUUAGGCUACAAUCCCACAGAAUUUGCUUUAAAUGUCAUGUAAAAACAAAUGCACCUAAGAAAGUCUUGCUUAUUUUGUUCUGAAGCCAGUGGAAUAUGAAAUCAUUGGCAUUGAUGAAGAGCACAUUCUUUGCUGAGGGAAAUAACAGUUUUGCAAAGCCCUGGGGUUUAUUUAUUUCAACAUUGAAAAUUGAAGAUAACAUGAUAAUAUAAAGAGACAGAUACUCAAAAAGUAUAUUCGCUAGAAGACAGAAGAGCCAAAUCAAAGCACGAUGAGAAAAGAAACAGUAGACAAUUUAAUGAGCCCUAAAAGUAAGAAGUGUGUCUUCUCCUGCCCUUUUCUCUCUCCCACAGUACAUCCUGCAUUGAACCAUGCAUUGCUGGUUACUGAACUUUAUGGUGUCACAAAAAGACAAAUGAUUGUAGGAUCAUUGGAAGUGCACGUAGGCUUGCUGUGGUGGAGGCCACAGUGGAGAUAAAGGCUCUGCUCUGCAGUUCUUGAUUGUGUAUUCACCUGUGGGAUGGACAUACUUUCAGCCUAAGCAGACGAGUGAAAAUAAGGAUGUCAAAAAGACAAUAGCAAGUACCGGCUACUAUUUAGGGCGAAAGGAAUUUUGAAAUGAAGGAAACAAAACUAAAAGACUAACUGGAGCAUAAUCCUUACAGUUUUGUACUCAGAGGAUUAAGUUUGAAACAUGGUGUCUUUUGGCCAAAUUGAACCUACUUGUAAUGUGGACCAACUUACUUUACACAUUUUGUCAGUCUCAAUGUAUGGAAUUACCUUAGUUUUCUCAUGCUUGAUUAAACAAGACAACUAAAGCUAAUCGUUCCUCUUCUUGACUUUGUGUAUGUGAUUUAAUUUUUUAUUUUAUUUUUAUUUUUGUAGAAUGGGGGUAAACCUAUAGAUCUCCACCUUGGGAUGAUAUUGUAAAGAUUAAGAAGUAUGAUGUCAAUUAACAGUCUUUAAAGAUGUAUAUAAGUUCCAAGCAAUGUGAUCUAAGGCUUUUUUCCUAUUUCUUGUAUAAGUUAAGGCAGCCAUAAAUGAAAGUAUGAUACAAACAUUUGCUUUUAUAUUUACGUCACAAGAGAAUUCUCCCUGAGUGUCGGGGGAGGCUGUGGGACUUCACCAUUUGGACAAACUAAAGCACAGGCUACUCAGACUUGGCCACAGGUCAUAGGUCAGAGAACUUCUUUCUGCAAAUCUAGAAAUGUAAAUUUUAGGCAAUAAAAUAUCUGCAUGCCU